AUAUGACCCGUAGUGAAAUAGUACUAACAUUUCCAAGAAAUUGGAAUGCAACGUCAUUUUUUAAUUUCCUUGAACGGAACACCAACCUUUUUUAAGUCAUGCCAAUUACACUGUUUUGAUCUGAUAGCCAAACCUCACCUGCCCGUUUCAUUAAUUUCCUUCAUCCUGAUCAUAUUCCUCUCCGAUCCCCUUUUUUUCUUUCUCAAUGCUUUGAUUUUUAUAUUGUUUUUCUUAGUGAUUUUAUCCCACGGGUAUAAAACCCCCCAGUGAUUAUUUUUUCGUCAUUCCGAGUCUGCUCCGAAGCUGAAUUUUUCUUUUCCUUUUUUUUUUAAUAAAAUAUUUGGAGAAGAAAGAAGUGAAAGAUCAAAAUAUGUCGGACGCUUUGAUUAAUGGGCUCGCCGGCGCUGGUGGCGGUAUCAUCGCACAACUCAUCACCUACCCUCUUCAAACCGUAAAUACACGGCAGCAAACGGAGAGGGAUCCGAAUAAGAAGAAGGCGAAGCAUGGAACCAUAGAACAAAUGAUUCAGGUGGUAAGGCACGAGGGUUGGGAUCGGCUGUAUGGGGGUUUGACUCCGUCGCUAGUCGGCACCGCUGCAUCUCAGGGUGUUUACUAUUAUUUCUAUCAAAUAUUUAGGAACAAAGCUGAAGCUGCUGCACUUACAAGGAAAAAGAAAGGUCUAGGUGAUGGAUCAGUUGGGAUGUUCUCGUCGCUUGUGGUGGCUGCUUUAUCUGGGUGUGUGAAUGUACUUCUGACCAAUCCUAUUUGGGUAGUGGUGACUAGAAUGCAGACUUAUAGAAAGAAAAAUGUUGAUCGUGAGACUGAACCUGCUACAACAGGAGAUGCCAUUCUUGCUGCAGUUGAACCACCACCAUUUGGGACUGGCCAUGCUGUAUGCUUACUCAUACUUUUGGAACUAUUUUCUCUCAAUAUUGCUGUGUACAUGUUACUCAUUGAUGCUCUACGACAGAUUCAAGAAGUUUAUGAUGAGGCUGGAGUUUGGGGAUUCUGGAGAGGUGUUUUUCCGACAUUAAUCAUGGUUAGCAAUCCUUCUAUACAAUUCAUGCUUUAUGAAACCCUUUUGAAGAAGUUAAAAAGGCGACGAAAAUUGAGCAACAUGGGGAAUGAUGACGUGUCUGCCCUGGAGAUUUUCCUGCUUGGAGCUGUGGCAAAACUCGGAGCUACUGUUGUAACUUAUCCUCUUCUGGUUGUGAAGUCUAGACUUCAAGUGAAGCAAGCCAGUGGUGGAGACAAAAGACAUCAGUACAAAGGUACCAAAUGUGUCUCUUGAAAUUACAAGAGCAAUUCUGAUUAUUUAUACUCUCGUCAUGAAGAGUGCUUGGCAUUAUGUGUGCAAUGCUUAGAAAUAACACUGGAACAAAAGAUUGUUUUUAUAACACUGUCAUACCUUGCACCCUGCUUGGAAGAGGGAAACUUAUGAAAUGCAUAUGGGAGUACAAGUUUCUCUGGAAGUAUACUUCUCAUUGUGAUGACCUGAGUGAUUAAUUGCCUGUGAUGAUAUAUAUCCAGGAACAUUUGAUGCUAUACUGAAGAUGAUACGACAUGAAGGGUUUGAUGGCUUUUACAAGGGAAUGGGCACAAAAAUUGUGCAGAGUGUGCUUGCCGCUGCUGUUUUAUUCAUGAUCAAGGAGGAACUUGUUCGGGGAGCUAGAUGGUUAUUGGAAAAGGAUAGAGCUAAAGCGAUUAAAUCUUAGACCUUGAUGUUUAUGGAGAGGCAGAAAGAAGCUUUGCCUUCUACCUAAUAAUAUCCAUCGAACAAGAAAAAUUUAUUAAUUUGUAGUCUGUACUCUCUGUAGUCCGUACUGUUAGUGAAUCGGAGGAUGUAAGACUGGGUUAGGGAGGUGAUGCGGGAUGUGUAAUAUAGGUUGCCACCAUGUAAGCCCAUAUUAAAGCCGUACCUGAGGUCCUGAGUGACCUUAAUGAUUUAUUCAAAUAAUAUCCUGAAAAUUGUUUCCUUGCUUAUGAUUUAGGAGUGUAAAACCAAAAA